UAGGUUGUCCAAACAAUUGUGCAUCAUGCUCUGGUAACUCAGACGUUUGUGUGCAAUGCGACGACGGGUUCUGGUUGUCGGGCAAAUAUUGUUAUCAUUGUCCAGAAAAUUGUGAAAAGUGUACAGACGGUUCUACAUGUUCAAAAUGCAAGGCGAACUUCUGGAAUAUUCAGAAUUAUCAAGUUUGCAAAUGGCCUUGUCAUGAACAAUGCAGUGAAACUGGAUGUGAUGAUGUGACUGGCUUUUGUUAUAAAUGCAAACCUGGCUUUUAUGGUUCCUUGUGCGAAAAUGUUUGUGACCUUUGUACAAACGGUGAUUGUGAACUUCGUCAAUGUACAACUGGAUGUAUUGCUGGACACUACGAGCAAACAGUCGGUGGUUUUAAAAGAUGUAAGAAAUGUUUUGGAAAUUGUACAUUAUGUGAUAGUGACACGACUUGCUUGCAGUGUGCAAAAGGUUUCUAUCUUCGAAGUAAUGGUCCUGACAAUAAUGAACAAUACUUUUGUUCUCAAUGCCCUUUGAAUUGUGAAGAAUGCAGUACGUUUGCUAACUGCACCAUCUGCAAAUCAGGUAAAUAUGGAGAAGUGUGUAGUUAUGACUGCAAUAUUAAUAAAUGUCAAAAAUGCACUAAAGUUGAAAGUACAGUGAAAUGCACAGAGUGCGAAAAUGGUUACAAAGUAGAAAACAAUAUCUGCUCUCCUGAAACAGCUCACUGUUCGGAACAUUGUUAUAAUGUUUGUGAUAGAAAAGGGCAUUGUUUAGAUGGUUGUAAAGAUGGCUGGACAGGACAAAAGUGUACAAACGAAUGUCCAGACAAAUGUCUAAAGUGCGAUCAGAAUGACAGUACUGUAUGUACCAUAUCAACGACACCAGACACAGAUCUCUUUACAAAUACAUCGUCAACACUUCCAAAUAAAGUCCUUUCCACCACUGAAAGAACUGAGGAGCCAGGUCAACAAAAUUCCAGUAUAACAAUAAUAGGAUCUGGAGCAGGUGGAGGACUGUUAGUCCUAAUUGUGAUAGUCGUUGUGAUCCUUUGUUUACUAAAAAGAAGGAGAACAAAAGACCAGGCUUCACAUAUUGAAAAUGAAGAACGGGAAACAAGACAAAACAAACUGAAUGAUAUAGGUGACAUAUAUGCACGACCAAACAAACAAAGAAAAGAGGAGAGUCAAGAAUACAUUUACGCUCAACCAAAUAAACAAAAGAAGAGCAUUCAUCAUAAAAAGGAUGAAAUAAGUGCACCACAGAAUAUGUAUGACAACUUUGUAAUUAAUCUUGAUGCGGAGGACAAUACACGUGAAGCGGAAACGGAUAUGGAUGAAAUACUGCUGGAAAACAUUGAUGAUGAACCUAAAAGUAUCAUAGUGACAGAUGUAAACAUCCCAGCAUCGGAUACAUAUUACAAUAUGGCUGGUUUGGUGAGAAGUCGCGUUCAGAUCUCACAAUUAUAUGACAAUAUACAGAACAAAUCGAAUUUCGAGAGUGAAUUUGAGAAACUUCCAAAAGGGCUGACAAGGACCUGCAACGAAGCAUUAAAACCUCACAACAGAGCGAAAAAUAGAUACAAUGGCAUUUAUGCUUAUGACGCUACACGUGUUGUUCUGCGUAGCAAAAGCUUUAUUAAUGCAAACUAUGUUGAGGGUCAUGGUCAGUCUCAAAUAUCUUACAUUGCAUCUCUGGGUCCUACAAAACGUACCAUGGACAAUUUUGCAACAUUUUGGGAGAUGGUCUGGCAAGAGCAUACAAAUAAAAUCGUCAUGCUUACCAACUUGGAUGAGUCUAAGAAAAUGAAGUGCGAACAGUAUUGGCCGGACCAAGGAAGACAUAUGACCUAUGGAGAUUUCACAGUGACUUGUGCCGCUGAAAAAGUGUUCUCAGACUUUGUUGUUAGAGACUUUAUUGUAAAACAGCAUUCUGAAGCCUGGAAGGUGAAACAAUAUCAUUACACAGCUUGGUCAGACAAAUCCGUUCCGCAUACAGUAGCAUCUUUGGUAGAAUUUAGAGAUAAAGUGGAACAGGGAGAGAGACCGAUUCAGGGACGAAUGAUAGUACAUUGCAGUGCUGGUAUUGGACGAACUGGAACCUACAUUGCUUUAGAUAUUCUUAUACGAGAAGGCAAAGAAGAGGCAUCUGUAGAUAUCUUUGGUUGUGUUAUUGGUCUUCGAGGUCAGAGAGUAAGCUUGGUGCAGAAUGUUGAACAAUACAUAUUCCUCCAUCAUUGUGUUCUGUAUGCUCUGACAUGUGAGCCUGACAUAUUUCAUGUCACUGCGAUUCCACAUGCCUUUACAGAUGAGAAAAUAGCGACACAAUAUCAGUCCUUCCAGAAUCUGAUGCAGUUAACAAUUAAAGAUAAAAGAAUGAUGAUACAAGCCAAAGGCAGUAAGGAAAACAGAAAAGUGGCGGAUAUACCUGACGAUGAUCAUAGAGUAAGGUUGACUUUGACAAAACACGACUGUAUAAAUGCUGUCUAUGUCAAUGGAUAUAAAGAAAAGAACAAGUUCAUCCUUGCACAGACACCUUUGUCUAACACAGUAGAGGAUUUUGUGUCCAUGUUAUACCAAGAAAUGUGUUCAUAUGUUGUUUGUCUGGACGAGGAAAAUAUAAAUGAUAAAACGGUUGCCCAGUACAUUCCUCCGGCCAAUAAAGUAUCAACGUUUGGUCAUUUUCAAGUGUCAUGCACAAGAAAUGAUUCAAGGGAAGAUUUUAUUAUUCGGGAGUUGAAACUCUCGCGAGUUGGAUCGCCACCUGAAAGAGAACUGACGGUCCAUCACUACCAGCUUAAAUGUUGGAAAAGCCAAGACAUUGUUCCAAAGAAUACAUCUUCAUUACUGAAUACAACCGUAGAUGUUGAAAAAGUCAGAGGAACUUCACACUCAGAACAACCUAUAGUUAUACACUGCUUGACUGGGUCUGAGAGAAGUGGUCUUUUCUGUGCAGUGUCUCUACUACUAGAAAAUAUUGCUAUUGAGAACGAACUGAGCGUGAUCAACACGAUAUGUCAGGUUCGCUCAAGAAGGAGGUCUGCUAUUCAGGAUAUUGAACAGCUCAGAUUCUGCUACAACUGUAUUGAAGAAUUUUUGGAGAUGCCAGACACAAACACGCACUACAAUAUUGGCAAUGUAUAAAUACAAUCAUGAGAAUGAAAAAAUAAACAUAAAACUAUUAUACUGUUUCUCUAUAGAGGAAUUUAUUUAUCGCAGUAUGAUAAGGCGAAGAUAGUCAUUUUAAAUCUGCAAAGAACACAUUCGAAAGCUAGGAUUUAUUUCCUUUAUACUAGUAUACAGUAUUCCUUUUAGUCGCGGUAUAUGCUUGCUUUUGUCAUAUUUUUUUUCUAUUAAAUUUCGAGACAUAAACUAUGUUGCAUAAUAUGUAAAUGGUUGUUUGUGUUUACUUAAAGUAUAAGUUGGGUUCCGAACAAAGCAUUUACAGAAAUGACAUACCGUGAAUAAAACUUUUACAUUACAUACCUUCUGUUGCCUUUACGUAUGUUAGGGUUUCUACUGGCGGGGAUUACUUUUAUUUACACUGUCUUGUGACUUUGGAACAUGGCGGAGGUAAGAGUGAGGUUAGGUGCACCAUAAACCGGUUUAAACUCCCCAGUGGUGGUUUUGCCACUGACCCUUCCAAGGCGGUGCCCCACUGUGUUCCUAUAUUUGUUUGUUUUGUCCUUUUGUGUUCAUUUUUGUGUAGGGUGUGCAAGAGUUGUUCGUGUGUGUCUUUGGGGAGGCUGUGUUUUUUUAACGUGGCUUUCCCUGUUGGAUAUUCUUCCUUGUUUUUUUUUAUGUAUUAGUUCUCUUUAUCAUAGCUGAAUGCAUUAGAUAUAAGCAAAUGCAUUUUUUUAAAAAGCAAACAAUACUCUGUGCGCAUAUUGCAUAGAAUGAAAACAGAUAACAUGGUUAAAUGCAUUGAAAAAGAAAGUUAUAACAUUUAUAGACAUAUUAAUGAAAUGUUAUUUAUAAACAGUUAUACAUUUAUAAAAAUAUAGUAAUAAUGAUUAAUUUUGAAACAGCUUUUAUUGACUGUUAAAUUUGUAGUCUGUAAAAACAAAAAUAUGCAAGUUUCCCUGAUCAUUAAAAUAGGUCGUGAUAUUCUCUAUGAAUGUUACAUAUUGUAUUUCUUCAACAAACAUUCAAGAUUUUUUAUUUGAAAAUGGCACCUUGGUCGCAUUUACGGUAUGUUUGUUAAAAUCUGUGGAAAGGAAAACUGCUGUCAUUUUGUUAUUUUUAUCUCGCAUCUUGUGGAUCAACUGGAUGCACUUUCAAAAUCCCCAUCAUUGUCAAAAAUCGGGUAGUUAAUAGCAAGUAAGUAAGGCAAUUUAUUAGGUUUAUUUUCUUCGCAUAAACAUAUUGUUGUCUAGAUUUGUAUAAGAAAUCUGAAAAAUAAAAUAAGUUUACGAUU